AUGUCGUCCUUGACCCUAGAGGAAGAAGAGUUCCCCAUCGCUUACACCAUCAUGGCGUACAAAGACUCGGAGAUGGUUGAGAGGCUACUGCGGGCUAUCUACAGGCCACAGAACUAUUACUGUAUUCACGUGGACUUGAAAUCUGAAGAAAGUUUUUAUUCAGCUAUUUCAGCCAUAUCGCAAUGUUUUCACAACGUGUUUUUGACGACUAGAAGAAUCAGCGUCAGAUGGGGUCGUUUCUCUGUUCUAGAACCCGAGCUAAUCUGUAUGAAAGAACUCUCUCGCUACAAGAAAUGGAAAUAUUUUAUCAACCUCACUGGGCAGGAGUUUCCUUUGAAAACAAAUUAUCAGAUUGUCAAAAUACUGAAAGCGUUCAGAGGUGCUAACAGUAUUAAUGGAACUAUAAAAUAG